AUGGUGUUUUGGGAUAGCAACUACAAUUGCAAUAUAGUGGAGGAUCAUGUUCAACAUCUUACUCUUCAAGUUCAUCACAUAAUAUCUCAAUUCAAAUUUCAUGUCUCAAUUGUAUAUGCCAUCAAAGCAAGAACCAGACAAGAUUUGUACGAGUCUCUUAAUCAGUUGAAUCAGCAGCUAAUAGGCCCUUGGUCCGUAAUGGGUUAUUUCAAUGUGAUAAUGGAGUCUAGUGAAAAGAAAAGGGGAAGAAGACAUAGACUAUGCAGAAGUCUAGAUUUUAUUAACUGUAUGGAAAAAUGUGAAAUGAUGGAUGCUGGAUAUAGUGGAAAGUUUUUGGAUAUUGUAAAGAUAAGUUGGCUUGAACACAUUGAAGGCACUUAUAUGUAUAUCAUGCAACAAAAGCUCAAAAGAUUGGCUCAUAAACUUAGCAAUUGGUCAAAAAGUUCCAUUAGUAAUGUAUUUGACAAGGUAAAGGAGCUUGAGAAUCAAAUAGAAGUGGCUGAAAAUAUAUAUGAGGUUGAUGAUGCUGAUCAAAACAGAAGCAAUCUUCAGGCUCUAUAUGCUGAACAAAUUAGGUGGAUGAAUAUGGAAAACUCUAUCCUAAAACAGAAGGAUAGAGUCAAAUGGGAGGAAGGAGGAGACUCCAAUACUAAAUACUUUCAUAGUGUAGUAAGGCAGAAAAGAAAAAGAGCAUAUCUUCACAGGAUCAAGGAUGAAAAUGGGCAAUGGAUACAAGCAGACAAUGUGAUAUCUGAAGCAGCUAUUAGACAUUUUAAUCACCUUUUCACUCAACCUCAGCAAAACCAUGAUUUUAGUUUCCUUAAAAGGAUAGAUCCUAUGGUUAAUAAGGAUGACAACUAG